UGUUUCCUCUGUGACCAGAAUGGGUGUCUUUGUCCUUGCUGUGGCACUUCUGUGUGUCUCAGGAGUUUUCAGUCAGUUAGAAGUACCAAAAGGAGAACCAGAAAAAAACUCAGGAAAUGUGAGAGACCUGAUUCCGCUUGAUUGUAGUCAGAUUCCGACUUCUAUGGAGAGACCGGAGAAGCUUGAAUGCCCAUCCAUUCCUCAUCCAGUCUGUGGCACAGAUGAUCAAGAAUAUGUAAAUGAAUGCAUGAUUUGUCAACAUAAUGUAGACCACAAGACAAAUGUUGGCCGGAAACAUGAUGGGCCGUGCAAGAAAGAGAACAAAAAUGCGAACUCAGGAAAUGUGAGAGACCUGAUUCCGCUUGAUUGUAGUCAGAUUCCGACUUCUAUGGAGAGACCGGAGAAGCUUGAAUGCCCAUCCAUUCCUCAUCCAGUCUGUGGCACAGAUGAUCAAGAAUAUGUAAAUGAAUGCAUGAUUUGUCAACAUAAUGUAGACCACAAGACAAAUGUUGGCCGGAAACAUGAUGGGCCGUGCAUGAAAGAGAACAAAGAUGCGAUCUCUCUUCUGCCAGUAGAAUCUGAGGAACAUCUGCUUAACAGACUCAAACCAAUAACAGUCAUGAAAGCAGGAGGAUUUCUGCUCCUCAGUCUGACACUGUUCUUCUUUUACACAGGUACUACCAUCGAAGCAACUUGGCUGGAUUGUACAGGGUAUCCCAGAAGAGCGUGCACCUAUGACUACCGUCCUCUUUGUGGUACUGAUGGAAUAACCUAUAGCAACCAGUGUUUGUUCUGCAAUGCCUACGUCUGGCAGCGUGGGAGGCUUAGCCUGAGGCACAUGGGAGCUUGCUAAAAUUUUACGGAUGCACGAGAGUAAAGAGAGCCUACAAGAGAAUGUCCACUUCAUUUCCUGCCUUCCUAAUAUAAUCAUCACCUGAAAGGAACCCUUUCUUGCCUUGUUCCUGCUCCAUUGAAUCCAAGCCAUUCGUUUUAAAUAAAACAAAGCUUUCUGCUUCUUACACAGCUUGCUUAAUUGC